AUGUUCGAAAUAAGCCGAACACUCAACGCCGCUUUGUUGAGCAAUGAGCAUCUCAAGAUGAUGGCGAGGUACGGGCAGCUCUCGGGACUAGCAGCCAGUGGCGUGGGCUCCGUCCCCGAGACGCACUCGCCGCUAUUUCCCAGGGAUCUCCUGUCAUCGCCAGCCCAGAUGGGCUACAGGUCACCCCUGGGGUCGACAGAGACACAGUGGCGUCAGGCAGAACUCCCACAGCUCCAGGGCUGGGCAGAGAAGGGAUUGCUGACACAGCCAAAGAUGAUCAUCAGUAACAUGGAGGCUCCAGUGACAAAUGGCCCCAGCGGAGGAGGCAACACAUCCAACGGGCCGACCACCAACAGCCGCGGCUGUCCCUCGCCCAUGCAGACUGGCCAAUCAAAUGACGACAGCAAGACCAACCUCAUUGUCAACUACCUGCCCCAGAACAUGACCCAGGAGGAGUUCCGCAGCCUGUUUGGUAGCAUCGGCGAGAUUGAGUCCUGCAAGCUGGUUCGCGACAAGAUCACAGGACAGAGUCUGGGCUACGGCUUUGUCAACUACAUCGAUCCAAAGGACGCAGAGAAAGCCAUCAACACGUUAAAUGGACUCAGACUUCAGACCAAAACGAUCAAGGUGUCAUAUGCACGACCCAGCUCAGCCUCCAUCCGUGAUGCCAACCUGUAUGUGAGCGGCCUGCCCAAGACUAUGACUCAGAAGGAGCUGGAGCAGCUCUUCUCCCAGUACGGACGCAUCAUCACCUCCCGCAUCCUCGUCGACCAGGUCACAGGGGCCCGUGUUUGUUUUUGAUCUGCUGGCCCCGCAGGUGGCUCCCGAGGUGUGGGCUUCAUCCGCUUUGAUAAGAGAAUAGAGGCUGAGGAGGCCAUCAAGGGCCUGAACGGACAGAAGCCAACGGGGGCCGCCGAGCCCAUCACGGUCAAGUUCGCCAACAACCCCAGCCAGAAGACCAGUCAAGCCCUCCUGUCACAACUCUACCAGUCCCCCAAUCGCCGAUACCCAGGCCCCCUCCACCACCAGGCUCAGAGGUUCAGGCUGGACAAUUUGCUUAAUAUGGCCUAUGGCGUAAAGAGGUUCUCCCCCAUCACCAUUGACAGCAUGACCAGCCUGGUUGGCAUGAACAUCCCCGGGCACACGGGCACUGGUUGGUGCAUCUUCGUGUACAACCUUUCCCCAGAUUCGGAUGAGAGCGUGCUCUGGCAGCUGUUCGGGCCCUUCGGUGCAGUCAACAAUGUCAAGGUGAUCCGUGACUUCAACACCAACAAGUGCAAAGGCUUCGGCUUCGUCACCAUGACGAAUUACGACGAGGCGGCCAUGGCCAUCGCCAGUCUCAACGGCUACAGGUUGGGCGACCGCGUCUUGCAAGUCUCCUUCAAGACUAACAAGACACACAAGUCCUGA